CCCUCCCCCGGUGACUUCCUGGUAGUGUACAAGUCCCGUCCUCCCCGGCCGCCCUGACCCCAUGAGAGGCGGGCCCAGUGACUGAGGCCGGGCGCGCUCCUCCUCCACGGCUUGUUCACACACAGUCAGCAGUCACUUCCCUCCUCUGUCUGGGGCGGGGAGGAAGCCAUGGUGGUAGUGAGGAGGCGGGAGCUGUGUACAUGCUGCAGUCUCCACUACUCACCUCAUCAUUCAUCUCCUAGCAGGGGGCAGUCAUUGCUGGGGGCACAGCGGUAUAGGGGGGUGCCAUCAGUGACUGGAUGUCUAGGAUCAGUGCCCUAUCACACCUGGCAGCUGCUCUACUGGUUAUAAGGUCUGCGAUUAUUCCAGCACCUGAAGGAGCCAUCUGAUGCCCACCGGAUGCCCCUCACCCUGCCCAUGUCCUGGUGACUGAUAUGUGACAGGCUUGAAGUUCCGCAAUGUUCCGACAAGUCUUCAGUCGCCUGUGUCCCGGGGAAGAAAAUCGUGUGGGAACCCGCACCGUGUAUGUUGGACAUCGGCCAGCAUCAGAAACAGAUGCUUAUAUUGCGCCAAAAUUCUGCGAUAACAGAAUUGUCUCAUCAAAGUACACCAUAUGGAACUUUAUCCCAAAAAACCUGUUUGAGCAGUUUAGAAGAAUAGCAAAUUUUUAUUUCCUCAUCAUAUUUUUGGUUCAGGCUAUUGUGGAUACACCAACAAGCCCCGUAACAAGUGGCCUUCCUCUUUUCUUUGUCAUCACAGUUACUGCUAUCAAACAGGGCUAUGAAGACUGGCUUCGACAUCGAGCGGACAAUGAGGUCAAUAAGAGCACAGUGUACAUUAUUGAGAAUUCUGUACGGGUUAAGAAAGAGAGUGAGAAGAUCAAGGUUGGUGAUAUUGUAGAAGUGAGAGACGAUGAGACCUUCCCAUGUGACCUUAUCCUGUUGUCCUCCAGCUUUGCAGAUGGUACCUGCACAGUUACUACAGCAAGUCUUGAUGGGGAGUCAAACUUCAAGACUUAUUAUGCUGUACGGGAAACAUCUGGUUUGUGCAGCGAUGAAGCCGUGGACACGCUCACCGCCACUAUUGAAUGUGAACAGCCCCAACCUGACCUUUACAAGUUUGUUGGACGAAUGAACAUACACACUAAUCAGGAAGUCAAAGCCAGAUCUUUGGGCCCUGACAAUUUGCUGCUAAAAGGAGCUACAUUAAAAAAUACAAAGAAGAUUUAUGGUGUCGCAGUGUAUACCGGCAUGGAGACAAAAAUGGCUUUAAACUACCAAGGAAAGUCCCAGAAACGCUCUGCAGUGGAGAAAUCAAUAAAUGCCUUUUUAAUAGUGUACCUGUCUAUCCUGGUCUCCAAAGCUUCCAUCUGUACAACACUGAAAUACGUAUGGCAGAGUAAUCCUGCCAACGAUGAGCCAUGGUACAAUGAGAAAACACGCAAAGAAAAAGAAUCAUUCAAGCUAUUGAAGAUUUUUACAGAUUUCCUUUCCUUCAUGGUCCUGUUCAACUUCAUCAUUCCUGUGUCCAUGUAUGUCACUGUGGAAAUGCAAAAGUUCUUAGGAUCUUUCUUCAUUGCUUGGGAUAAGGACAUGUAUGAUGAAGAAAUAAAGGAGGGCGCCCUGGUGAACACCUCUGACCUCAAUGAGGAGCUUGGGCAGGUGGAGUAUGUGUUUACUGAUAAGACUGGCACACUUACAGAAAACUCUAUGGAGUUUAUUGAAUGCUGCAUAGAUGGCUACAAAUACAAGGAGACUGGAGAUGGACUUGAUGUACCUGAUUGUCCUGCUGGAAUCUAUGGAAAAGCUGCUAAGGAUAGGGAGGAACUGUUCUUGCGAGCGCUAUGUCUCUGUCAUACAGUGCAGAUGAAAGAAGAGUGUCAGAUGGAUGGACCCGCAGCACCAUCGGGGAACCAAUGUUCUUACGUCUCCUCUUCUCCUGAUGAAAUCGCGUUGGUCCAUGGAGCCAAAAAGUAUGGGUUUACAUACAUGGGGACGGAAAAUGAUUUCAUGAAGGUGAAAAACCAGAAGAAUGAGAUGGAAGUCUACCAGCUUCUUCAUGUUCUGAACUUUGAUCCUGUGAGACGGCGAAUGAGUGUGCUUGUUAGAACAAACACAGGCAAAAUUUUCCUUUUCUGCAAAGGAGCCGACUCUUCGGUGUUUCACAGAGUGGCCAGGGACGAGAUUGAGCGCAUUAAGGUUCAUGUGGAGCAGAAUGCAUUGGAUGGAUACCGGACUCUCUGUGUAGCCUAUAAAGAACUCAGCCACGAGGAGUAUGACAGGAUGAAUACAAAGCUGGAUAUGGCUAAAAUGGCUUUACAAGACAGGGAAGAGAAGUUGGCGCGUGUUUAUGAUGACAUAGAAGACGACAUGCAUUUACUUGGAGCUACUGCUGUAGAAGACAGGCUACAGGAACAAGCAGCGGAAACUAUUGAGGCCCUCCAUGCAGCAGGUAUGAAGGUUUGGGUGCUAACUGGAGACAAGAUGGAGACCGCAAAGUCUACAUGUUAUGCCUGUAGAUUAUUUCAGAAUACUACUGAACUGCUAGAACUGACAACCAAAAACGUGGAGGAAAGUGAAAGGAAAGAGGAUCGCUUACAGGAGCUUCUCCUAGAGUAUCACCGAAAGCUGGUGCAGGAAGCACCCAAAAUAAAAGGGACUAUUAAAAGGAGCUGGACAGGAAACCAAGAUUAUGGGCUGAUAAUAGAUGGUUCCACAUUGUCUCUUAUCUUAAAUUCCAACUGCAGUUCCAGUCAUUAUAAAAACAUAUUUCUACAGAUUUGCCAGAAAUGCACAGCGGUGUUAUGUUGUCGUAUGGCUCCGUUGCAGAAAGCACAGAUUGUUAAAAUGGUGAAAAAUAGUAAAGGAAAUCCAAUCACGUUAUCUGUGGGAGAUGGAGCGAAUGAUGUGAGCAUGAUACUGGAAGCACACGUUGGGAUAGGUAUUAAAGGAAAAGAAGGUCGCCAAGCUGCAAGAAACAGCGACUAUGCUGUGCCAAAAUUCAAACACUUAAAAAAACUUCUUUUAGCCCAUGGCCAUUUGUACUAUGUCAGGAUAGCGCACCUUGUACAGUAUUUCUUUUAUAAGAACCUGUGUUUCAUCCUGCCACAGUUUUUAUACCAGUUCUUUUGUGGGUUUUCACAACAGCCACUUUAUGAUGCUGCAUACCUGACCAUGUACAACAUCUGCUUUACCUCUCUACCCAUCCUGGCUUAUAGUCUGUUGGAGCAACACAUCAGCAUUGAAACUCUAAUAGCCAAUCCCAAGUUAUAUAUGAGAAUAUCUGAUAACGCAAUGCUGCAGUGGUUACCUUUCCUAUAUUGGACUGCAUUGGGAGCUUUUGAAGGGCUUGUAUUUUUCUUUGGAGUUUAUUUCCUGUUCCAAAAUCCUUCAUUGGAUGGCAAUGGUCAGGUAUUCGGAAACUGGUCUUUUGGGACAAUUGUGUUCACUACAUUAGUGUUUACGGUCACAUUAAAGCUUGCAUUAGAUACUCGAUACUGGACAUGGAUGAAUCAUUUGGUCAUAUGGGGUUCUUUGGCCUUUUACGUCAUCUUCUCAAUAUUUUGGGGAGGAAUCAUUUGGCCGUUCCUCAGGCAGCAACGAAUGUACUUUGUGUUCUCUCACAUGCUGACAUCAGUGUCCGUUUGGCUUGCCAUAAUUCUGCUAAUUAUUAUAAGCCUCUAUCCAGAAAUUUUACUGAUCAUUCUAAGAAACCUUAGGAAUGCGAGCCAAAAGAAUUUACCGAUCCAGCUGCCUUUGCUGAUAUCCUACAAAAAUGUGGAGAACGGGUGCUUGUCUCGAAUAAGAUUUGAGGAGUACAAACGGAAUCCUCUAUUGUCUUCUUUUGACGUAUAUCAUUGAUAUACACGAAUACACUGCGAGGCCAACAAUACCACUAAUGACUAAUGGGAGCGUCUCUCCUGUGUGAUCUUAAUAUGUUACACCUAAGAUCAAACCUAGAAUCCUCUUCAGCCAAGACAACAAAAGGCCACGCAGCGAUAUGGGCGGACACCAACAUCUGAUUCUUAUUUAUUCCCCUUGCUGCAAGGACAUGUGGAUAUUCAGACAAAGCGUCUGGAUGAAUUACCUGCCUAAACCUCUUGGUGCAUGUGCUGUAUAUGAUAAUGCUGCCUUUAUGCAAAACAUUGCACAUCCCUUAACGUUAAAGAGAUGUUUUCUGCAUUUUUAUACUCAUGAGAACGUACAUUUAUAACAGCAGAGUAACUGCAUAUUAUUGCACAGGAAUACUUAUCAUUUUAAGUCGUCUUAUGUUUCAUUUCUUCAUUAUUCUCCACCGUGGAGGAUAAUGUCAAAUUUAGUUUAUUUCUGGAAGAAUGUUUUAUUUUGAAAUUGAUCUUUGGGCAUAAACCUAGCUGGUAUAGAAUCAUUAGUGGCUUCUGGCUGUAUGAGGGAUACAUCCAAUAUACCGUAUUUUUCGCCCUAUAGGACGCACCGGCAUAUAAGACGCACCCAAUUUUAAAGGUGCAAAAUCUAGAAAAAAAAGAUUCUGCACCCAACAGUGAUCUUCAACCUGCGGACCUCCAGAUGUUGCAAAACUAUAACUCUCAGCAUGCCCGGACAGCCAACGGCUGUCCGGGCAUGCUGGGAGUUGUAGUUUUGCAACAUCUGGAGGUCCGCAGGUUGAAGACCACUGAUAUAGGAGGUAGUACUCACGUGUCCUUGCCGAUAAGAACCCAUCACCGCUGCCCUGGAUGUCGCUCCAUCGCUGUCACCACGUCCUCGUGGUGUCCCCGACGCUCCGGACGUCUUCUUCCCCGGGAUUCACGCUUUCAGUCGCCGUCAUCACGUCGCUACGCACGACUCUCCUAUUGGAUGACGGGACGGCGUACGUGAUGACGUAGAAGGAGAGCGCCGCCAUGCAGGGGAUCCCGACACGGAGCAGACACCAAGGAGGCAGGUAAGGUCCCUCCCGGUGUCCUGUAAGCUGUUCGGGACGCCGCAAUUUCCCGAACAGCCCGACUGAGCAGCUGGGUUACUGUCACUUUUGCUUCAGACGCGGUGGUCAGCUUUGAUCCCCGCGUCUGAAGGGUUAAUACAGGGCAUCACCGCGAUCGGUGAUGUCCUGUAUUAGCCGCAGGUCCCGGCCGUUGAUGGCCGCAGGGACCGACCCGAUAGGUGUGUAUUCGCCUUAUAAGACGCAUCAACUUUCUCCCCCCCCCCCGUUUUGGGGAAGAAAAAGUGCGUCAUACGGCGAAAAAUACGGUAGGUAUUUUUUAUCUAUACUUACAUAGGGGAAUAAAGGGAUGAAAUCUACUCCCUAUGCAGAGAUGGAUGUAGCUAUAUCGAACUUAUUCAGGAUCAAGCAGGUAGUUUACAUUCAGCCAUGCGGACAAAGAUAACUGGCCCCCUAUAAUGCUUUAAAUGGGGGUGUUCAGUAAUGUGGCUUUAUCCGCAGUGCACGAUCAGGUCUCUUUGAGGUCGUACCAGCUAGGAAAUGAAGAACUAGCACUCCUAUCCCCAUGUAGAUACAUAAAAUACUUACAUAGGAUGCAGAACAGUAAGACCUACUGUCUUGCUGCAGGCACACCCCUAAAAUCUGCAUUACAUCUUACCUUCUGGAAUGAUCUAGAAUUCACUUCUACAAAAGACUUCUCAGACAUGCAGAGACCAUGAGCUGUAAUGUCUAUAGACCAAGAUGAACUCAAAUGUUCAAUUCAAUCAGAAAUAUUUGCUGUUUUUCUACAAUAUUUUCAACAUUUGAUAUUAACGUUUCUCUACAUUGCUUUAUGUCUUAGACCUUAGUUCUUUCAUAAUGUUUUCUUUAUUGUUCUCAAUUUCCAUCUUCUAACGUCCUCACAGUAACCAAAAGCAGCGAUCUGAUAAGUUUCUUUGCAAUGCACUGAGGUUUGCUGCAGUUUAUACCAGAGUUAAGAGACAUGGUUUGUUACUGUUUUAAAGAAGAAAAAAAAAAUAUAUAUAAAGUAUUUAUUUAAAAAAAAAGGUAUAUUUUUAUAUGAGGUGUCAAAAUAGAGCAGUACUAAACCGUAGUAUUUAUUUGACUCAAUUGGCUGUAGAUCUGAACUUAAUGCAGUCCUAUAUUACACCACACGUUUUCACUAUAAACGCACAAUAAUUGUGUUUACAGAGGAUCUGCAUAUCGUAUUACACUUAUGUUAUUUUAGUGUAAUAUUUUACCCAUCGAAACCAUUCCAGAUUUUAAUACUACCUGUAAUAUACAUACAGGAAUAUGUUUUCUUUUACUUAUUAAAUGUAAAUUUUACAUUUGCA